AUGCUGGUUGCAAUGCUUCUGCUUGUCUUGCUGUGUCAUGUUGUGGGCCAGAAACAUUCCAUUAACUGUAGCAUACAAGAUGAUCCCCUCCCGAUCCCUCAUGAAUUUUACCAUCCUGGAGACCUGGUCAUUGGAGAGAUUGUUUCUCAGGUCUUCUUCCUCCAUAAUCUCCUCUCUUUCCUGAAACAGCCGACACAGAUUGUGAUUAAUGAGCCGAUCAUACGUGACGAUCCUCUCCCUAUUCCUCAUGAGUUUUACCUGCCGGGAGACCUGGUCAUCAGUGAAAUUGUUUCUCAGGUCUUCUUGCUCUACAAUCUCCUCUCUUUCAUGGAACAGCCGACACAGAUUGUGAUUGAUGAGCCAAUUUCAGUGCCAAAGAACUACCAGCACAUCCUGGCCUUAGCAUUUGCUGUCAAAGAGAUCAAUGAAAAUCCCAACAUUUUAUCGAAUCUCUCUCUGGGAUUUCACACCCUCAAUAGCUACUACACUGCAAAGACGACCUACAAGGCCACCCUCAGCCUCUUUUCUGCACAGCGUCGCUUUGUCCCCAACUUCAAGUGUCACAACCACAAGAACCUGAUAGCUCUGAUUGGAGGAUGCAUCUCUGAAAUCUCUGCCAACGUGGCCGUCAUUUCAGCCAUCUACAAGACUCCACAGAUGGUCCCAAAUGAAGCCCAACAGCACAUCGGGGUUGUACAGUUACUCAAACAUUUUGGAUGGACAUGGAUUGGACUAUUGGCUGUGGAUGAUGACAAAGGGGACAGGUUUUUGCUGACAAUGGUCCCAAUGCUUGAUGAAAAUGGCAUCUGUUAUGCCUUCAUCAUGAGAAUACCAAAAUGGAAUUAUGUGGAUGAGAUGAUAAAAUAUGUUUCACAACGCAUAGAACACUAUGUAACUGUCUUCAGGGAGAAAGCCAAUGUCCAUCAAUUUCUACAGAGCAUUGUAUUCAACAACAGCGCUGGAGAUAUUGUACACUUCAAUGAAAAUGCAGAAUUAGUUGUAGGUUUCGAUGUUACAAACUGGAGGAUUUACUCCAAUGGUUCAGUGGUUAGAGCCAAAGUUGGAAAACUGAACCCUCAAGCUCCUUUCGGCAGGGAGUUAACCAUUCAUGAUGAUCUGAUUGUGUGGCAUAAAAGCUUUAAUCAGGGGCUGCCAGUUUCUGUGUGCAACGACAACUGCUAUCCCGGCUCCAGCAGGAAAAAGAAGGAGGGAGAGAAAUUCUGCUGCUAUGAUUGUUUUCCAUGUCCAGAAGGGACAAUCUCUAAUCAGAAGGAUAUGGAUGCCUGUGUCGAGUGCGCAGAAGAAAACUACCCAAACCAGGACCAAACAGGGUGUAUUCCAAGGGGCCUGAGCUACCUCUCCUACCAAGAAAAGUUAGGGCUCAGCUUAGCUGUCUCCGCUCUGGCUUUCUCCCUGAUCACCACCUUCGUGCUGGCGACUUUUGUGAAGCACAAGGACACUCCCAUCGUCAAAGCCAACAACCGCAGCCUCACCUACCUCCUCCUCAUCUCCCUCCUUCUCUGCUUCCUCUGCUCCUUGCUCUUCAUUGGUCAGCCUGGAAAAGGGACCUGCCUCUUCCGACAAAUGACUUUCAGCAUCGUCUUCUCGGUGGCCCUUUCCAGUAUUCUGGCCAAAACCAUCACCGUGGUUCUAGCAUUCAUGGCAACCAAGCCAGGAUCCAGAAUGAGGAGAUGGGUGGGGAAGGGGCUGGCCAAUUGCGUGGUCUUUUCCUGCUCUUUCCUUCAAGCUGGCAUUUGCACCCUUUGGCUGAGUGCUUCCCCUCCAUUCCCAGAUACAGACAUGCAGUCACUGAAGAGUGAGAUCAUCCUGGAAUGCAAUGAGGGUUCAGCUGCCAUGUUUUAUUGUGCUUUGGGUUAUAUGGGUUUUCUGGCCGUUGUGAGUCUCCUUGUGGCUUUCCUGGCCAGAAAGUUACCUGACAGUUUUAACGAGGCCAAAUUUAUCACGUUUAGCAUGUUGGUUUUCUGCAGUGUUUGGCUGACCUUUGUUCCAACCUACCUGAGCACCAAAGGGAAAUACAUGGUAGCCGUGGAGGUCUUCUCCAUCUUGUCCUCCAGUGCUGGGUUACUGGGUUGCAUCUUUUUCCCUAAAUGCUACAUCAUUGUGCUGAGGUCUGACCUGAACAAUAAGGAAAGCCUAAUAAGGGGAAGAAAAUAGUGUGUGUGUGUGUGUGUGUGUGUGUGUGUGUGUGUGUGUCCAUAUCUUAGAGCUUGAG